AUGGGGGCCACUGAAACAGUGACCAACCCAGGGAAAUGACACUAUCCUCUAGGUGGAGGAGGUCAGACAGUCCCUUGCCUUAUUCUCAAACUCCAACCGCAUGGCUGGACAUUCCCGAAAUGCAUUCCUAAACCUCUGCUGCCGAGAAUAAUUGGACCCACUGUCUACUCCCAAGUUAACGGCGUUACUUACCAAACGAAUUCAAUUCAACCCAACAGGCAGAGCAUAGGCUCAGAGAGAGCCCAUCCCAUGUGUGAGGAGGCAAGCAGAGGGGCAGAAUCUUGCUGUGAUUCAUCCAGCUGCCUUCUGGUCGUGUUUCCAGAUGCUGCAGGGAUGGACAGUGGGAAGCAGCCCUCAUCAGCUCCAGGAGGGCCAGAGAAGGGGCCCGGACACAGAGAAGCAUCUGAGGAGGGGCCUCCGGAGCCCAGGACCCAGGAGCAAAGGCAUCUGACAGGACCAGGAAAGAAGCAAUCAUCUUGGGCCCCCCAGGAAGGGCCCGAGGAGCUGCAAGCAGGCCAGGACCAGGCCAAGCCAGGAAGUGAGCCGGGGGCGCUGGCUUCCGGGGUCCCUGCAGCACAUGCAGGGCUGAAGCAGCAGGGCUCCGGGAAGGAGACUGAGGACGAGCUGGGGAGACAGCAGAACCCAGGCACCGUGGAGGAUCAGGCCCCUGAGAGCUGCCAGCGGGGCCCAGAGUGUCAGCCCACCCCAGCUCACCGCGCAGCAGUUGAGUCAGACAUAGUGAAGCCAGCAGAGCCCUGUUGCACUUUGGACAGCUGUGGACAGCACCUGGGAGAUGAGCCCCCCGUGGAGGCAGGCCCUCCACACACUGGGGCUCUGCCAGAGUCCAGCCCAGGGGGAUAUGAUGACAGUUCCCAGGAGGCAAUGCCCCUAAUGCCCACAGCAACUCUGGAGGAAAAGAUGGCUGACUCCUUCCCAACAUCCAUGCCAGCACCUAACACACCCAAAGAAGGGGAUGAGGUUGUGGAGACCCAGCCAGCACUGGGACCUGAUCCUCCACCAGAGGUGAGGAACACUGGGGAGAGGAGUGCGCUGGACCAUGUGCAGAAACAGCCUCAGGAGCCCACGGUGGCCACAGGGGUGCAGCACCUUGGGAACCUCCAGCAGGGCUUCAUGAAGUGCUUGCUGGAUGUGGAGGAGGAGGAGGCCAUGCAUCGGAGGGCCACCAAGGCCCGGGCCCUGCCAAACUGGAAGUCCCCCUGGACCCCAACCCCUGUGCCCAAUGCAGCCCCAAGCCUGCCUCUGACCCUGCCUCAGACCUUUGCCUCAGCCCCUGCCAUGGCCCCAUCCUGGGCCCAGCCGCCAGCCGCUGGGCCGGUCCCUGCCCCCCUGGGAGCCCCGGUCUUGGCCUCAGUGCCUGUCUCAGUCCUGCCAGCUCCCACCCCAGACGUGGGCUGGAGAAGGACAGAAUUCUUGCACCAGAGCGGCCGGAGGAGCCUGACCUACGCCAAGGCGCGGCAGGAGCCGGAAGGGUGCUGCUCCCUAAAGCUGUAUCAGAGCUGGGAGGAGAGGUCCGAGGAGCAUCUCACCCCAAAACAAGAGGAAGCCUUCCGCAGGUACUUUGAGAUCCUCAGUGGCCAUGGCGAGGUGGACGCACGGAGCCUGGAGAACGUCUUGCUCCUCGUGGGCAUCUCCCUGAUGCCGGCCCAGGUGGAGGAUGCUCUGAUGAGUGCUGACAUCGAUGGAGAUGGGCGUGUGGGCUUCAAAGACUUCUUGGCCGUGAUGACAGACACCAAGCGUUUCUUGUGCUCUGUGGAACAGAACGCCCUGACGGACAUGGCUCCCCCGAACCCUCACACUCUGCUCUUUGAGAUCCUGUCCCUGCUGGUGGAGAUGCUAGCCUUACCCGAGGCAGCCUUAGAGGAGAUCACCAACUAUUACCAGAAGAAGCUGAAGGAAGGCACCUGUAAGGCCCGAGAGAUGGAAUCGGCCAUAGGCCGGCUGCAGUCCCGAAAGAAGCUUCCCUACAACCUCCAGCAGGCAGAUACCUUGAAAGUCCCAGAACGAAGGGUCCUCAGGAUGCUGAGCCGACUGAAGCAACAGGACUACGCUGCCAACCUGCAGAGACCCUAUGCCCAGGUGCCUUACAUCCCGCUCUGCCUGCGACUGGACAAGAGAAUAGUCCGCCGGAAGCAGGGCAGCCACUACGUGCUGGACCACCGCACCCCCACCAGCCUGGGCCCUGACAUCCAUAGCCUCUUCUUCCAGUCAGGAUCUCAAGGAAAUAGGGAACACAGUUCUGACAGCCGAAAGUGGCUCAGCUCUGUGCUGGCUCGAACCCACUGACUGAGGAGUCCUGACUCCGGGCAGCCGUUCAAGGCCUGUGGACCUCUGCUGGAUUUUGCUUUUGUGGCCUGGCAAGCCAAUAAACACCAAGAACCUCAGCCUCUGCAUCGUGCCAGGGAAGGGCCCCAGGUUUU